AUGAGCUUUAAACAGAUUUUAGAUGUAAUAGGCUUGUUCAUAGUUGUUGCAAUUCUAAUUGUUUGUGGUACACUUCUCAGUUAUUGCUACUUUGAUAGAGACUGUUUUCGAGCGACUGCGGCUGCAUUUUGGGUUUGUGGAAUUGUGUUGUACAUUAUUCUACGAAGAAAUGAAUUCUUGCAGUCAUUUUUUCCGGCCAACAUCGUUUUGAUAUUCACCGCUCUUUUAUAUCUGAUAUUGGGUGCUGCCUUUCUACUCGGCGACUGUGCAAGUCUAUACAUGCUGAUUGCGGGAAUUGUCCAAGGUAUUAGUAAUCGUUCUCACUUGCAUAGCAGCAAUACUGACAUUCGUUGGAGUAGUCUUGAUUUUUUAUUCGCAAGACAAGAAACAUUUUCAGAUUCCGGGCGGUGUUUUUCUUUGUGUCUCUGCAGUCAUAGUGAUUUUCACUCUGUCUUGUGGGUUACAAAGACGCCUCAAACAGGCUGCCAACUUGUUCUUUCAGCUUCUCGAAUUGCUCAAACUUUCCAUGCCUAUCAUCGCACUGUAUCUUGCUUUAUGUGUAGCUUUAGUUAUCAAGACGUUUCACUGAUUCCUAGAUAUCCUUAUGUGUGUUAAGGACGAAUGAAGCCUGUACAAACACAAUAUAAUUGUAAAAGGAAUGAGUGAACAGUGAACUUAUGUCAAUGUGAUCAUGUCAAAAUGGGAAAACAGACUAGUUGUUACUUAAUUUUCCAGUUUUUUAUCGUUGCUUCAUUGACUUUCUCAGAAAGUGGACAUGCAAUUUCGUCUUCCUCCUGAUACAAUUCAUUGACAGAAAUGUGAUUAAGAGGGGCUCAAUAAGAAGAAUUU